CGGGGAAGCCCCUCCCCUCCCCCUCCCUCUGCCACGCAUGCGCAGUGCGGACGCAGCCGCUGAGGCUCAGGAGGAGGAGGAGGGGCGGCUAUGGCUGCCUCGGCGCCUGUACAACAGGGCCUGAGGGAGGCGCUCAUGGAGGCGCUCACCGCUAUCCUGUCGCCCGUGCAGGAGGUGCGCGCCGCGGGCGAGGCGCAGAUUAAGGUGCUGGAGGUGACGGAAGAGUUCGGGGUUCAUCUCGCCGAGCUCACUGUCGACCCUCAUGGAGCGCUGGCCAUCCGCCAGUUGGCCUCCGUAGUGCUGAAGCAGUACGUGGAGACGCACUGGUCAUCGCACUCGGAGAAGUUCCGCCCACCCGAGGCUCCCGAGAGCGCCAAGGCGGCCAUCAGGCAGCUGCUGCCCGCGGGCCUGCGCGAGUCGCUGAGCAAGGUGCGCUCCACUGUGGCGUACGCCGUGUCGGCCAUCGCUCACUGGGACUGGCCGGACGCGUGGCCGCAGCUCUUUGGCCUCCUCAUGGAGAUGCUGACGGGCGGCGAAGUGAGCGCCGUGCACGGGGCCAUGCGCGUCCUCACCGAGUUCACCAGGGAGGUGACUGACACACAGAUGCCACUGGUGGCCCCGGUGAUCUUGCCGGAGAUGUACCGCAUCUUCACCAUGGCAGAGGUUUACAGCAUACGCACGCGGGCGCGAGCCGUGGAGAUCUUCACGGUUUGCGCGAGCCUCAUCCACGCCAUCGACGAGGUGGAGAAGGGCGCCAGCAAGACGCUGCUCUUCCCCGUGCUGCAGCAGUUCCUGGAGGCGUUCAUCCAGGCCAUGCAAAUCCCCGACGGGCCCUCGUCAGACAGCGGCCUCAAGAUGGAGGUCCUCAAGGCCGUCACAGCGCUGGUCAAGAGCUUCCCCAAGCAGAUGUCUCCCUCCAUGCAGCAAAUCCUGCCCAUCGUGUGGAACACGCUCACCCAAAGCGCCACCAUAUACGUCCGCACGGAGGUGAACUUCAUGGAGGAGGCGUCCGACCCCGUCGAUUCAGACGGCGAGGUGCUGGGCUUUGAGAAUCUGGUGUUCAGCAUCUUUGAGUUUGUGCACGCGUUGCUGGAGGCGCCGCGGUUCCGUGGGACCCUGCGCAAGGCCCUGCCCGACCUCAUCUACUACCUCAUUCUCUACGCUCAGAUCACCGAGGAGCAGGUGAAGGUGUGGACGGCGAACCCGGAGCAGUUUGUGGAGGACGAGGACGACGACACGCUCUCCUACUCUGUGCGCAUCUCUGCUCAGGACAUGCUGCUGGCGAUCAUGGCGGAGUUUCAGGGCGACAGCGCAGCGGCGCUGGCGGCAGCGGCCACGCGGCACCUGCAGGAGGCGGAGCAGGCGCGGAACGCCGGCAGCUCCUACUGGUGGAAGCUGCACGAGGCGUGCAUGCUGGCCCUGGGCUCCGUGAAGGACGCCGUGAUCGACGCGGUCCGUAGCGGCAAGGUGCAGUUCGACAUGGACGGCUUCCUCACCAACGUGGUGCUCGCCGACCUCAGCUCGUCCGCCUCCCCGUUCCUGCUGGGCCGAGCGCUGUGGUCGGCGUCGCGCUUCGCGAGCCUCAUGACCCCGGAGCUGGUGCAGCGCUUCCUCCAGGCGACCGUGAGCGGCCUGCACGACGCGCAGCCGCCCUCCGUGCGCAUCUCGGCGGUGCGCGCCGUCUGGGGCUACUGCGACCAGCUGAAGCAGGCGGGCAGCGUGCAGGUGCUCCGCCCCUUCCUGCCGGCGGUGGUGGAGGCGCUGGUGCAGCUGGCGACGCACUUCACGUCGGACGUGCUCACGCUGGUGAUGGAGACGCUGUGCGUGGUGUGCGCCGUCGACGCCGACUUCACGAGCAGCGUGGAGGCCAAGGUCUGCCCGCUCACCAUCGCGCUCUUCCUCAAGUACAGCAAUGACCCCGUGGUGGCGUCACUGGCAGAGGACAUGUUCAAGGGGCUGUCUCGUAUCGAGGCGUGCCAAGCCCCGCUGCAGAUGCGCCUCAUCCCCACGCUCGUCAGCAUCAUGCAAGCGCCACCUGACAAAGUUCCCCAAGGGCUAUGCUCCGUGGCGCUGGACAUCCUGAGCGGGGUGGUGCGCAACACCAAGCCGCCGCUCUCCGAUCUGCUCAUGUGCCAGGCGUUCCCGGCCGUGGCACAGUGCACCUUGCGCACCGAGGACAACGCCGUCAUGCAGAGCGGCGGCGAGUGCCUGCGGGCCUACGUGAGCGUGGCGCUGGAGCAGGUGGGUGGCUGGCGCGACGACGCGGGCCGCUCGGGCCUGUGGUACGUGCUGCAGGCCGUGACGCGCCUGCUCGACCCGCGCUCCUCCGAAUUCACCGCCACCUUCGUGGGGCGCCUCGUGUCCACCCUGGUGGGGCGCCUCGGCACGCAGCUGGGCGACAGCCUCGACCUCAUGCUGCGCGCUGUGCUGAGCAAGAUGCAGCAGGCUGAGACGCUCAGUGUCAUGCAGUCUCUCAUCAUGGUGUUUGCGCACCUGGUGCACUCGCAGUUGGACGCGCUGCUCGAGUUCCUCUCCAGCCUGCCGGGCCCCACGGGGAAGCCCGCGCUCGAGUUUGUCAUGAGCGAGUGGACCAGCCGCCAGCACCUCUUCUACGGCCAGUACGAGGGCAAAGUCAGUGCGAUGGCGCUCUGCAAGCUGCUGCAGCACGGCGUGGCGACGCACGACACGCGGCUGCAGGACCUGACGGUGCGCGGAGAGCAGAUUUUCUCGGCCUCCAACGCCGUGCAGACUCGCAGCAAGACCGCCCAGACACCGGAGCGAUGGACGGUGAUCCCCCUGCUCGUCAAGAUUUACAAGCUAAUUAUCAACGACCUGUCGGUCAUCAUGGAGAGCAAUGCUUCGCGACAGGCGUCAGCCGCAGGCGGGGAGGAGCUGGACGACACGUGGGACGAGGUGGACGACGACGACGAUGAGCAUAACGAGGACGACGAUGACGAGGAUGAGGACGCGGGAGGCCAAACGCUGUCGGAGCUGCUGGGGAUGGGCGCCGGCGCCCGAUACGACGACGAUUUCUACGAAGAUGACGAGGAGGAGGACCCGGACGCGGUGAUGGAUCCACUCUACCAGGUGGACCUGCAGGCCUACCUCACCGAGUUCCUGCAGCACUUCUCGCAGCAGCCGUGCUUCCCCGUGUUCCGCGAUCACCUGAGCGAGGUGGAGCGACGCGUCCUCCAGUCGGCCGGCAUCGCCAUGUGACGGCCACAACCUCGCCUGGCCGCCCCCACCUCCCUCCACCCCCCCCGCCCCCCCCCCCCCCCUGGGGCCUGUCGCUGGUCCACGCUGGUCUGGAACGGGUCGGGUUGGGGUCGGGUCGGGUCGGGUCGGGUCAGCUCAGGUCAUCCCACAUUGGGUUGGGCUGAGCUCGUCAAUAUUCCAGGCUGGCUUCAGUUGGGCCGGGCCCCACGGUCAAGUUGUACGCUCACCGGCUUGGCCUGUGUUGGGCCCGGCUUGGACCGGUUUGGGUUGAACCGCACCGGUUCUCUGUCAGACCACUCGGUCGCAAGUCGGAUAAAACGACUGGCGACCGAGUGAAUGGGGCCUGCCCCCCCCCCCCCCCCCCCCCGUGCGUGUGUGUCUGUGAGCUGACUUGACGCACCUCUGUGAGUGGGCUGACUGACACACCUGUAUAAGUUGGCUGACACACCUGUGUGUGAGUGGGCUGACUGACACACCUGUAUAAGUUGGCCGACACACCUGUGUGUGAGUGAGCUAACACACCUGUAUAAGUUGGCUGACACACCUCUGUGUGAGUGAGCUAACACACACUUGCAUAAAUUGGCUGACACACCUGUGUGUGAGCGAGCUGACUUCACACCUGUGCGAGUGAGCUGACUUCACACACCUGUGCUAGUGAGCUGACUUCACACACCUGUGCGAGUGAGCUGACUUCACCACACCUGUGCUAGUGAGCUGACUUCACACACCUGAGCGAGCGAGCUGACUUCACACACCUGUGCGAAUGAGCUGACUUCACCACACCUGAGGGAGCGAGCUGACUUCACACACCUGUGCAAGUGAGCUGACUUCACCACACCUGUGCGAGUGAGCUGACUUCACACACCUGUGCGAGUGAGCUGACUUCACACACCUGUGUGAACGAGCUGACUUCACACACCUUUGCGAGUGAGCUGACUUCACCACACCUGUGCGAGUGAGCUGACUUCACACACCUGUGCGAGUGAGCUGACUUCACACACCUGUGUGUGAGUGAGCUGACUUCACCACACCUGUGCUAGUGAGCUGACUUCACCACACCUGUGCGAACGAGCUGACUUCACCACACCUGUGCGAACGAGCUGACUUCACCACACCUGUGCGAACGACCUGACUUCACACACCUGUGCGAACGAGCGUACGGAUUCGAAAGCGCGGGGAGAGAUCGCCGACGGCACCUCGCUGGCUCCUCGUCCCAACCGCCUGCCACGUCGCCUCCUCGGCGGAUGAUAUGGGGGGAGGUAGGGGGGGGAGGCCCCCCGCGGUGGUGUGGCCGGCGCACGUGAGCAAGGGGAGAUCGACCGGCGAGCCCCCCCCCCCCCCCACGUAAGUUUACGCGUAUUUUUUUACGUCCCUUUUGCGAGCGUUUGCGAACUCCCCAUCCACCCCCAGGGAAAGGGGGGUGUGGGUGCCCUGCGAAUGAACGUGAUCCAUGAAUAAACAAAAUAAAGUCGUGAUUUUAUAAAUCGCC